CAAUCAUAUUAAUGGUCUCGAAAGGCACCUUGGUAGGCAGUGUUAUGUGGCACCUUGGGCACUGUCGCCUUGGGUUGGUUGUGUCAAUUGUUAAACAUGACUGCAUCAAGGGUGUGACUGGAAGCUGAUAUGCUGAAGAGAGCUGCAAUUUGAACCACUAGCAUUCUGCAACAAGUGAAAGACCUUCAUAAUGUCCUGGUUAAGUGGAUUGGCAUCAAAGACAGAAAGUCUUCUGAACUCCUUGGAUCAGGGGGCAGCAGUUGCCCUGCAGAAACAGAAAACCAACUACAAUGGUGUAAAUUCAAAGCAAUCAUAUCGCUUUGAUGCUGAGAGAGCUUCCCCAAUGCCAGUGGCGCCUGUUGCUAGGCCUUCACCGUCUGGCCCUCCGCGCACCCCCUCGCACGGCAGCGGGCUGGGCACGCCGCCCGCCCGCCGGCCGGCCCGCCUCGACCAGGACGAACAGCUGAUCGCCUUCCUCAACGACUCCACGCCCGUGAAGCCGCGGCGGCGGCGGCGCCCUGUGACCUGGACGCUGCCUCUGACGGCCGGCCGUCUGCCGCAGUCGUCCAGCCACUCGCGCCAGUCUAGCGUGUCGUCGGUGGUGUCCGUCGGCAACUUCCUCUCGGUGGCGUCCGGUCUGGAGCCAGGUACGGAUGACGGCCUGACUAGGGCCGACUACGGGCGCGUGGAGAACGGCGCCCACCCGGAGCCGGACCAGGUGCGCAUGCUGCAGAAGGAGAUCGCCAACCUGAACCGCGAGAUGGCGCAGCUGGUGCAGCGCGCCAAGCUCGGCGAGAAAGACUGCACCAAGCUGAAGUACCAGCUGACGACGAGCGGCAGUCAGCUGGCUGAGACCGAGCGGCAGUGCCGUCACCUGCAGCAGCGCGAGGCCGAUCUGCAGGAGUCGCUGACCGCCAAGUCAUCGAGCGACACGUCUGGCCUGCAGUCAGGCACCAUCCAAGGCCUGCAGGACCGGCUGCAGGAGGCCGAGACCCGCACCCGGCAAGAGCAGCAGGCGCUGGCCACAGCCCAGCAGGAGCACGAGCGCGCAGGUUCGGUCGGAGGUGAUACCAGCAGAGGCGUCACCUGCCAUGCCGCCGCCGAGCUGGCCGAGUACAAACUGAAAGCGCAGCGGAUCCUGCAGUCCAAGGACCAGCUGAUCGCCGGGCUGAAGGACGGUAGCCGGGGCGGCGACGGCGGCGACCUGCUGAACGCCGAGCUCGAGCAGGUGCGCUCCGAGCGGGAGCUGGCGCAGACCGAAGUGCAGAAGCUGGCCGCUAGAGUGCAGCAGCUGCGAGACGAGCUGCACCAGACGGAGGCGGCGGCGGCUGACGAGGCGCAGGCGGCGGCGGACGCGCUGCGCGAGGCGGAGACGCGCGAGACAGCCGACCGCCGCCUGCGUCAGGAGCUGGAGCAGGAGUUGGAGCAGGCUGGCCAGGAGAUGCGCUUUCUACGUGAGGAGAUGACGCGUCAGAAGACGCAGGCGCUCACCAGGCUUCAGGAGCGGGACGACGAGAUUGAGAAGCUGCGUCGUCAGAUCACUUCCAAGCACGUGGCCAGCAGCACAGAGGUGGAGCUGGAGACGCGUCUCCGGUCGCUCACGGAGAACCUGAUCCAGAAGCAGACCAACAUCGAGUCACUGAGCACGCAAAACAAGUCGCUUGCUGUGCAGCUGGAACGCGCCCAGGUACAGAUUGAGCAGCUGGAGGGGUGUGCGCCGCGGCCGGAGCGCGCGCCGACGCCCUGGGACGGCAGCGUGGCGCGACGCGUCAAGCGAGCCUACUCGACGCUGGACGCCUGCUCCGUCCGCAUGGGCGUCUUCCUCAAGCGGUACCCGAUCGCGCGCAUCUUUGUGCUUGGAUACAUGUGUCUUCUGCACCUCUGGGUCAUGAUCGUGCUCUUCACCUACACGCCCGAGAUCCACGGCGACGACUUCCACCGGCCGUCCAGCCACCCACUGCCGUGAGCGGCUCCAGCGCCGGUUAUGGACAGCUAGUGUCGCCGCCGCCCUCGGGCCGCCUGUGCUCAGUCCGAUGACUCUUCUUGUGUGCAUGGUGGGAGCUGGUGUAGGUGACCUUGUUAUGUAGAUUGUAGAUUGUUUUUAGCGCGGAGAUAACUUCACAGUUUUCGGUACUAUCUCGUGAUAUUUUGCAUAGGGUAUGGCAGCGACUAUUUUUGCGGUCUUGCACGAAACGUCUGGUGCAGAGUUCGGAAGAUUGUGCGCGUUGGACAUCGUGCGAGCCGGUUGGCUGCUGAAACAGCUGUAGCUAGUUGACAUCGCGUUCAGUUGGUACCCAGGGUCAGCUGCACCCGCGGGGUUAAGUCGUCGAGGUCAGGGGAUCUCCAACUCCCUGCUGGCCCGGCGCCCAACCGGUUGCAGGGUUUCCAGAUCUGCAUAUUAACGGGCGCCUCCAGGACGUUGGACUCGCGGCGCACCCUGACCGGUUUGAGUCAGCUGACGCGACGCUAGAGGCCUGUCCAGCUGGCCGCCUGUCCGUGGCCGCCUGCCUGUCCCGGCGCCGGUGCCCCGGCCCAGCGGUGCCGACCCAGUCCCGCCGGAGGGCUGGGGCUCGCUCACACUGGGCGCAUGUGCUGGGUCGGUAAAUGCCUGUCUGUAAAGAACAUGUCUGGAAACACACCGAUUCUGACACAUCGUUCCCCGGCUGCGUACAGAAUGUGCCGCCGUAUGUGACUUGCCGAUGUGCCAACUCACGUGACGCGACCCGAGUCGUGACCGGGCAUGGCGUCCUUGCCGCUGAGCGGCGCAGCGUCACAUGUGACGAGCUUUCCACCGCUCCCAACCUGCACUCGCGAGCGCCGAUCGCGUGACUCCCACCGCCCGUCGACGCCGGAAAAGCCGGCUCCUGCGCCCAACACUGUAUGCAGUGUUAGGUUCGUUGUGUGGUGUGUUGAGAGGGGAGGGCUGACGCGAGUAGAAUCAAUCCUUUGUGUUUAUUUUAAUUGGCCACAAGUGUUAUUUAUAGCCAGCCACGUGGGUGAGCCGUGGGCCGCUCACGUGUGCCCCUGUGCCUGUUCACGGAUCGCGACCAGCCAUCUUGCGCUCGCGCUCUCUGAAGUCGUGCGGUAUGUGGGCGUCGUGAACUGCUGCUGAAUAAACCGGGGGCGCGUUCUGUAGUGGCGGGUAUAACGCCCCCGC